CCGUCACCUCAUGGCGACUCCGCUUGAGGAGGCAACGCGGGGAAGAGGCGGCGGUACUGAGGAGGCUAUUGAGGGCGGACGGGGCGGACGGCGACGCAGUCCCCGGCAGAAGUUUGAAAGUGGCACAAUGGAAGAAGCUAGAAUCUGUGGGUUAGGAGUAAAAGCAGACAUGGUAUGUAAUUCUCAAGCAAAUGAUAUUCUUCAACAUCAAGACUCCAGUUGUGGUGGCACAACUAAGAAGCAUUCACUGGAAGGGGAUGAAGGCACUGACUUUAUAACCAACAGAAAUUUGGUGAGCUCAGUAUUCUGUACACAGGAGACAAGAGAAGAAAUUCCUGGACGAGAAGCUCGAACAGGUCCUCCUGAUGGCCAGCAAGAUUCAGAGUGCAGCAGGAACAAAGAGAAGACCUUAGGAAAAGAAGUUUUAUUACUGAUGCAAGCGCUAAACACCCUUUCAACCCCAGAGGAGAAGCUGGCAGCUCUCUGUAAGAAAUAUGCUGAUCUCCUGGAGGAAAGCAGGAAUGUUCAGAAACAAAUGAAGAUUCUACAGAAGAAGCAAGCCCAGAUCGUGAAAGAGAAAGUUCACCUUCAGAGUGAACACAGCAAGGCCAUCUUGGCAAGAAGCAAACUGGAGUCUCUUUGCAGAGAACUUCAGCGUCAUAAUAAGACCUUAAAGGAGGAAAAUAUGCAGCAGGCGCGAGAGGAGGAAGAACGACGUAAAGAAGCAACAGCACAUUUCCAGUUAACUCUAAAUGAAAUCCAAGCUCAGUUGGAACAACAUGACAUACAUAAUGCCAAACUGCGACAGGAGAACAUUGAACUGGGAGAGAAGCUAAAGAAGCUUAUUGAGCAGUAUGCGCUAAGGGAAGAGCAUAUUGAUAAAGUAUUCAAACACAAGGAAUUGCAACAACAGCUUGUGGAUGCCAAACUUCAGCAAACAACACAGCUGAUAAAAGAAGCUGAUGAAAAACAUCAGAGAGAGAGAGAGUUUUUAUUAAAAGAAGCAACAGAAUCCAGGCACAAAUAUGAACAAAUGAAACAGCAAGAAGUACAACUAAAACAGCAGCUUUCUCUUUAUAUGGAUAAAUUUGAAGAAUUCCAGACUACUAUGGCAAAAAGCAAUGAACUUUUUACAACCUUCAGGCAGGAAAUGGAAAAGAUGACAAAGAAAAUUAAAAAACUGGAAAAAGAAACAAUAGUAUGGCGUACCAAAUGGGAAAACAAUAAUAAAGCACUUCUACAGAUGGCCGAAGAGAAAACUGUCCGUGAUAAAGAGUACAAGGCCUUUCAAAUAAAACUGGAACGGUUAGAGAAGCUGUGCAGGGCUCUUCAGACAGAGAGAAAUGAGCUCAACGAGAAGGUCGAAGUCCUGAAAGAGCAGGUCUCUAUCAAAGCAGCAGAUGGGGACUUGGUGUCACCUGCAACGCAGCCCAGUGCUGUCCCGGAUUCCUUCAAAGAGAUGAACACUUCAAGAGCCCUGGGAAUGCACUUGGAGGCUAGGGCCAAGGCUAAGUCAGCGAGUGAGAGAAGUGCUGCACAAAAGCCCUCUUCAGGUUCUGCUACUCAAGGCAUUGAGUCUGUUGACUAGGGUGAAGUAUGACCACUGUAUUGAGAGAUAUAUUUUGUGUAUAACUUCCUCUGUUAGUAGUAACUAUUGGUUUUGUGGUGAAAAUUUUCUUACUUUUUCUACCAUAUCUGUAUUUUCUUAGAACUACUGGAUUUAUGUGGUACAGGAGGCUGCUUAGCAGUUGGAAUAGUUUUACUCUAUAAAUUUCCCUCAGCUAUGUUGCACAUCUGCCUCAUUUUCCCCCUUUGUUGGAGUGCACGCCUUCAAUGCUUUGUUCUCUCUUCCUGCUCCCUGCACAUAAUUUUCCUAACUAAAAUAUCAUUUAAAAUAAGGCCAUUAGAGAAAUUAUAUUCUUCUGAUGGUUCUUUGAUGUGAAAACAAUUUAUAUUAGUCAAAGGAAAAAUCCCUUUAAUAACCCAUUUAAAUACAGGAGAAUGGGGGAACUGGUCAGAAACAAGCUUAGCAUUUUUCAUUCAAAUCAGCUUUUCUUGAUUCACUUGACAAACUGAAAUGGCCGCAUAACCUUGACAUUCUAACAAAACAUGCUACUUGUAAACUAGUCCUAUUAUGCUGAUUUGAGGACAGAAUUACAACAUGUGAAAUUUGGACUACUUGACAAUGACUGUAGAAGAUGCUGGUUAAUUCUCCACUUCCCACAAAAAGAUGAUUUUUUUUUCCAGGGCAAAAAUAUAAGUCUCCCAACCAUACAUUUUGGCUAUUUGAAAGUUGGGUGUUCAUUUGCUUUAACUCACCAAGCAGGGUCUGUACAUGUAGCUCAGUGGGAAGCACUUACCAUAUUUUGUUUCGUAAUAGAGAUUGGCACUAACAUUUGGUUUCCAAAGUAAAAAUACUGUUACCAGCAAUUUUUUUUUUUUUUUACUCUUGGGAAAACUUGGCAGAUUGUUUACAUAGUCAAAAAGAUGUCUAGCUUUCUGGUCUGUUUCUCCUCCUUUCUUUGAUGCUAUCACUUAAAACAACAAAAACCAGUAUUAUUAAUGUUUCUAUACUUUGAAUUGGCAUGUAAGAAUUCUUCGUUAUGGCUAAGCCAUGCAAAUUACUAAGUCUAUUAUCUCUGGUAUAAUUUAUAUAGAAACGCUUUAAGUAAAUUUUUUAAAGAUUCAAGUAAUGCUGAUGCACCAUAUUCUAUUGAGCAAAACUAUCAGCCUGACUGUAAAUUCCUGGCACAUUUUAUGGUCAAAACUGGGUUCAAAGAAUUGAAAAAUGUUCAAAAGACAGAAAACUGUCCCUGAGGUAGAGAAUUAUAUCUUUUAUCAUUGGUCAUGUUAAUCAAGGGGUCAGAAAGUGGAAGAUAAAUUCAUAAAGUAGGUUGUAAUCUAUUACUGUCAAAGUGAUGUCAGAAACAAAGAAAUACCUUUCAAUAGCCUCUAUAAAUACCCUCCCGCCUUCAACUACUAAAUGAAAUACUGGACUCAUUUCCCAUGAAUGUGUAUCAAAAAUAUAAUCUACUUUGAAAUUAUUACUAAUGAUCACAUUUCAUAAGUCUGCUGGAUACACAGCUCUUAACAUUUUAUUAAGCCAUGUGUGUAGCCUGCCACAUUUUUUUUGUGGUGCUUGUCCUGUGUGGAAGACUGUAAAUCUUCAACCUGUUGCAUAUUUUCAAGGGCUUAUAAAGCAAUGUGAUUAACUGUCCUGGCCUGCUGCUUUCAGCUUACAUGCAUUUUUAGCUAGAUCUUUUAGAGGCUAGGGAUUCUGUAUGAGAUACAUGCAGAAUCUCUCCUCCCAUUACCCUGUGAAUAAAAACAGAUGGGACCUCAGAGAAGGAUACCCUCACCAGCCCAGUGUUGUGGCUUUGUAGCACGCCCUGUAUCUACCGUAUUCUAGAAUACUGUAAUGCUACUAUGCUGGCUCAGAAAUGGUUUAAAUGUUGAAUUCACUUACUGCAUAUGGUGCACUACCAUGCAAUCUUGAUGUAUAUUUUUAGUGGCAGUAGACCCCAAAAUGUAGCGAAAAUUUGGGUCUUGGAUAUCAGGCCAUUUCAUCCUCAGACUUGUAGAAGUACAUUUUCUGGUCUUGAGACCUGUAUUUUUUAGUUAUGUAUGCAACUGCCUUUAUUACACACCUGGUUAUUACAAUUCAAUUCUCAGGUGUUGCCGAAAAAAAAUCUACCUCUUUCAGACUGUAGAUGGAAAUAACUGUGAAAAAAUGAUGCAGAUAUCUUCUAGUUUGUGCUAAACACACUGCUUUAUUUUUACAGCCCACGUCUUUCAUGAGGAUAUGAAUUGUUAAGAGGCAGUCUUGUUUUGCUUUUCAGAGACAUUUUGUAGAGAUUUUUCACUAACGUGAAUCUGAUUUUAUCUACUCAAUUCUGUAGAAAUUAAGUAAAUAUGUAUGAUGAAUUUAA